GGUACUAAGCGAUCCUUCGCGCGCCACUUUGCGAGGAACUUUGGCCGGCUCCCCUGCGCCACCCGGAGAGGGAUGUUAAUGAGGGAGCGUGGCCCUGCGCUGAGAGCCAGCAGGCUCCUGCGCCGCGAUUGGCUGCGGCGAGGCGGAAGGAUGACGUUAUGCAAAUGAAGGGGUGGGCCAUUGACGCUCGGGCCCCGCCUCCUCCCUUUGGGGUUAGUGUGCUUGUGUUUAGCUCUGGGGAGAGUCAAACUGGAUUCCAUAGGGAAAGCCUGCAAAUCACUUCUAUUUUAGCAAGGAGAAAACAGAAUCUCCAUUCAGCAGGGUCCACCUCUCUCUCUUUCUCCCUCUCCUCUCCUCUCCUUUCCUCUCUGUCUUUCCCUACCCCCCUCCCCCUUCCCCCCACCCCACUCUCCCUCUCUGGUGUAUCUGUCUAUGGCAACCAGCGUCCUCCUCAUCUGUACGCACUGAAAGGAAAGAAACAUCUUUGGUUGGGAGAGAAGGAGGAAAAAAAGAGAGAGAGAGAGAGAGAGAGAGAGGAAAAACUUGCCUGGUUGUGGAAAAUGACACUUGAAGUAGCAAAGCCGGCAGCGCGAGUUGAGUCUAUUGUUUCUUAAAUUGCCAUCAGGGUUUUUUUUUCUUCCUGCUUCUUCAAGUGAACGGUACCUCUACAAAAGGAAACUCCAGCCCCUCCUGUCCUCCACCGGCCUGUGAUCAUUACAAAAAAAAAAAAAAAAAAAAAAAAAAAAGAAAAAAAAAAGCACCCAAACCAAAAAUUAACCAACCAAACAACCCCCAACAGCCAAGCAUACAUCUCUAUUUUUUUAAUUUUGGUCUUUUUGUUGGAUUUUCCCUUCCUUUUUUCUCUCCUUUUUUUUUUCCUUCGGGUUAUCGCUCAGUUUUGAGCGAAGGUUUACAUUUUUAAAAAAUUUGCUUUCCAGCCCGCCUUGAUCUUCUAGAGCGAGUUCAACGACUCACAAAAAAAAAAAAAAAAAUCUCUGGCUGGCGUUUUUCUUUCCUUUUUUUUUUUUUUUUUUUUUUUUUCAAAUUUUCAAGGGGGAGGAGAUUUUCCACAAGAAAAGGUUGUUUUCAUGUUUGGGAUUCAGGAAAGCAUCCAACGGAGUGGAAGCAGCAUGAAGGAAGAGCCGCUGGGCAGCGGCAUGAACGCGGUGCGGACGUGGAUGCAGGGCGCCGGGGUGCUGGACGCCAACACGGCGGCGCAGAGCGGGGUGGGUCUGGCCCGGGCUCACUUUGAGAAGCAGCCGCCUUCCAAUCUGCGGAAAUCCAACUUCUUCCACUUCGUCCUGGCCCUCUACGACAGACAGGGCCAGCCCGUGGAGAUCGAGAGGACAGCCUUUGUGGGGUUCGUGGAGAAGGAAAAAGAAGCCAACAGCGAAAAGACCAAUAACGGGAUUCACUACCGGCUCCAGCUCCUCUACAGCAAUGGAAUAAGGACGGAGCAGGAUUUCUACGUUCGCCUCAUUGACUCCAUGACAAAACAAGCCAUAGUGUAUGAAGGCCAAGACAAGAACCCAGAAAUGUGCCGAGUCUUGCUCACACACGAAAUCAUGUGCAGCCGCUGUUGUGACAAGAAAAGCUGUGGCAACCGAAAUGAGACUCCCUCAGAUCCAGUGAUAAUUGACAGGUUCUUCUUGAAAUUUUUCCUCAAGUGUAACCAAAAUUGCCUAAAGAAUGCGGGAAACCCACGUGACAUGCGGAGAUUCCAGGUCGUGGUGUCUACGACAGUCAACGUGGAUGGCCAUGUCCUGGCAGUCUCUGAUAAUAUGUUUGUCCAUAAUAACUCCAAGCAUGGGCGGAGGGCUCGGAGGCUUGACCCCUCGGAAGGUACGCCCUCUUAUCUGGAACAUGCAGCUACUCCCUGUAUCAAAGCCAUCAGCCCGAGUGAAGGAUGGACGACGGGAGGUGCGACUGUGAUCAUCAUAGGGGACAAUUUCUUUGAUGGGUUACAGGUCAUAUUCGGUACCAUGCUGGUCUGGAGUGAGUUGAUUACUCCUCAUGCCAUCCGGGUGCAAACUCCUCCUCGGCACAUCCCUGGUGUUGUAGAGGUCACAUUGUCCUACAAAUCCAAACAGUUCUGCAAAGGGACACCGGGAAGAUUCAUUUACACAGCACUUAAUGAACCCACCAUCGAUUAUGGUUUCCAGAGGUUACAGAAGGUUAUUCCCCGGCACCCUGGCGACCCUGAGCGCUUGCCAAAGGAAGUGAUACUCAAAAGGGCUGCAGAUCUGGUGGAAGCGCUGUAUGGGAUGCCACACAACAACCAGGAGAUUAUUCUGAAGAGAGCAGCUGACAUCGCAGAGGCCCUGUACAGUGUCCCCCGCAACCACAGCCAGCUCCCGGCCCUCACUAACACCUCGGUCCACGCGGGAAUGAUGGGCGUGAAUUCCUUCAGUGGACAACUGGCUGUGAAUGUCUCCGAGGCGUCGCAGGCUACCAAUCAGGGUUUCACCCGCAACUCAAGCAGCGUAUCACCACAUGGGUAUGUGCCGAGCACCACCCCUCAGCAGACCAACUAUAACUCGGUCACCACGAGCAUGAAUGGAUACGGCACUGCCGCCAUGUCCAAUUUGGGCGGCUCCCCGACCUUCCUCAAUGGCUCAGCUGCCAACUCGCCCUAUGCCAUCGUGCCAUCCAGCCCCACCAUGGCCUCCUCCACAAGCCUCCCCUCCAACUGCAGCAGCUCCUCCGGCAUCUUCUCCUUCUCACCAGCCAACAUGGUCUCAGCCGUGAAACAGAAGAGUGCUUUUGCGCCUGUGGUCAGACCCCAGACCUCCCCACCUCCCACCUGCACCAGCACCAACGGGAACAGCCUGCAAGCGAUAUCUGGCAUGAUUGUUCCUCCCAUGUGAAAGAAUUGCCUUGAAGAAUUUUAUUAAUGAAGAGGUUGGAUUCUGCUACAGAAAGUAAUCUGAUACAAGUCCCAGAGUGGAACUUUUAACUCAGGCCUUUUUAAGAGGAAUCACAAUAACUGCAGAUUUUUAAACAAACAAUAUCACCGACCUUGCAAAUACUGAAAUUGGAAGGGAUCUGCUAAUGCAGGGUGUUGGUUACAGUUGUUACCUCCCAAGUCCUUGGGGGGAUAUAUUUAUUCUCUGUUGAUAAAAGCAAAUCCUCUUUUUCUUUCUCUCUCUCUCUCUCUCUUUUUUUUUUUUUAAAGCUUAACUCAGCAAUCAUUUGUCUUUUAUAAACCAUAAAGCUGUAUACAAGG